ACUCUUGCCUGCUCCUUGGUUUGUUGCCUUCUUCUUAAGCCAGGAUGUCUUCCCAGUAUCCUCCCAAUCUCCGGAUUCGUCUCCCUGUGCUCAUUCUUCUUUUGGAAGCUGCUUUCAUCCUUGUAUUUGGCUUCUUUGUUUCUUACGAGCAGAGUCAAAACCUUACAAGAGACUAUCCAGUAUUUCAAGAUGUCAGCCUCAUGGUGAUUUUCGGCUUCGCCUAUUUUCUGGCCUUCCUGCAGAGAUAUGGCUUCAGCAGCAUUGGAUUCAGCCUCCUUCUUGCUGCCCUCGGAGUUCAGUGGGCCGUGAUCGUCGAUGGAUUCCUCUUCCACUUCUCAGCUGGGAAAAUAAGGAUCAAUCUGCAAAGCAUUUUAACUGCUAUUAUGAGCAUCACCACAGUGUUGAUUUCAACUGGAGCAAUACUUGGCAAAGCCAAUCUCAUGCAGUUGAUCUGGAUGGAUGUGGUGGAAGUGACCGUCUUCACCGUCAAUAGAUGGGUGGCUGUGACUAUUCUGCAGAUCCAGAGCCACGUCAGCAUGAUGCACGCCCACUUAUUUGGGGCCUAUUUUGGCUUCAUGGUCUCCUGGACGCUCCACCGCUCCUCACCGGGUCGGAAAGCUGAGAAGGAAAGAUCCAGGCCCAUCUCGGAUAUGUUUGCGGUGCUGGGUACUCUCUUUCUCUGGGUCUUGUGGCCCAGCUUCAAUUCUGCCCUGAUUGAGGAAGAAGACAAAAAAUGGACUGCCAUCUACAACACCUACUUUGUGAUGGCCACAAGUACCAUUGCCGCUUUUUCGCUCUCGGUGGCAACCAGCAGGAAUGGAAAACUCAGCAUGGCUCACAUCCAGAAUGCUACACUGGCAGGUGGGAUUGCUCUUGGUUUCUCCGCUUCCGACAUCCAACAGCCUUGGAUUGCAAUGGUUUUGGGUCUGGCAGCAGGCACAGUUUCUGUCCUUGGCACAGCCUGGUUACAGGGACAUUUGGAUCCAGCCCUCAAAAUCCGUGAUACUUGUGGUGUUCAUUACACUUUUGGCCUGCCCAGUUUGCUUGGAGGGAUAAUCCACGUUGUUCUCAUCCUAGCAAGCCACCGCAAGAACCUCUCAGUAUUUGGUUAUUCAGCGUUAAUUGAAGUUGGUGCACUCAGCAUGAGCCUAUGCCUCAGUCUGUUCGGUGGUCUGAUUACAGGUCUCAUUUUAACUUGCAAAUUAUGGAAAGCACCUCCUGUAACAAAAUACUUUGAUGAUCAAGCUUAUUGGGAGUUCCCCCAUUUAGCUGUUGGAUUCUGAACACAAUCUUCAGGAGGGCAGCAAGCUACAUAGCUAAGAGACUUUCUCUCUGAUCCCACAAAAAUGCAUGAAAAGAGACUUAUUUGCUUUAUUAAAAUUGCCAGAAUAUUUGGUAAGCGUUUCGUAUAAAAUACUUGCUUGUAAGGCUAAAAUUAAUAUGUCAGUGCUUCUUUUUAAAAAAUGGUGCUUUUUACAUUCUAGGCUUCUAAAAUGCAUAAAUAAUGUUGAGUGGAAGGUGAAGAUUAAAUAUUAUAUGUGAAACUGAGUCAGGUCACACCAUUCUGUGUUUAUAUACAGUGCGUUUCACAAUCAUGGAGUUCAUGUAUUACUCUAAGCCGGGGGUGUC